CGCCGCCCGUGUCGGCCUUCGGCGGGUGGCGGCUGCUGGCAGCGGCUCCGGCGCGGACAGCUGCGUCGUUUUCUGUUGAAAUCCUCCCCGCUUCGGCCAGCGAGGUGGCAGUCGGGGGCGGGGGUAGCUGGGCUUCGCCUUGCGAGGCCGGGUUAGGUGCUUGCGAGAGGAGUAACCGAAGGAAAUGGCGCGCUCUGCGAAUGUUUCAGCAUCUUACAGCGUCGGGGUUUGUUUGACAGCUGGGUUUGCAAAUGUCCAGAGAGGCGCUCCUUAAAUUAUUUUUAGGGUGGGAGUCACCAUGCUUCUAUCUUAUCAGGGAUCGCUGUUUGGUUUGUGGACCAGUCUUGCUCUUCUAAAAUGGAGGUCAAGUGCUUUUCUUCAGCUGGUAAAGGAAGGGGGAGAGAGAAAACAUAUUAACAGAAGGAAAACUAGACUAGAGGACUGCUGCCAAAGAGCAAGGAAAAUAUUUCAUGUGUUGCCAUGUCUGAAGACACUUUACUGGAAGAGGACAUUUGGGAAUACAAAUCCAUUAGAAAACAAAAGUUUGUGCGUCAGAAUAAUUCAGAGUGCAUCUCUACAGCUGUGCAGAAAAUAAGUAGUGACAAGUGCAGGCCAAAAAGAAAGGGAAAUGGAAAUAAAAAAAAAUCGGUGGAAAAAAAUGAUACUGUUAAGAAAAGCAAGCAGAGAUCAACACCAGAUCAAGAUCUAGAUCAAAGUAAAGAUGAUACUAUUGUGCAGUCCCAGGAAAGUGUUAGUAGCCUGACAGAGGAAGGCUCACAAAAUGCAAAGCCUGUUCACGAUGGAUACUGUCCAAGCUGUCAGAUGCCUUUCUCUUUAUUGUUAGUCCAGACACCUCGGUGGCAUGUUGCUGAAUGUUUGGAUACUCCAGGAUCCAUGGAAAAAGAGUGUCCUGAUGGUUUACUAUGUACUUCUACCAUUCCAUCCCACUACAAGCGUUAUACCCAUUUUCUACUUGCAGCAAGCAGGGCAGGAGAUUAUCUUGUAAACUCUUCAAUAUAUACUUCAGAGAGGAAGAUCACAUGUUCUCCAACUCUUGUGGAGGCACUCUCACAAAAUGAGAAGCCAUCCAGUAAUGUCUCAAAUGAGGAGCAUACAUUGAUGGUACGGAGUUCGACACAAAUGAAAUCGCUUAAUAUGACCACUGAAAGUACUUCUGCAAACGUUCAAGAGUCUCAACAAAAGCUUCAGUUUAUACAUACCAGAGAUAAUAAUUGCAAAUUUGAAUUUUAUGACUUUGCAUCCUUUCAAGAAGGUGAAAUAGGAGAAGAUUUUGAUAGUCAGAAGGAUACAAAUCAGCUAAGUCUGCUACAGUCAAAAGCUGACUUCAGUGACUGUGAAAUUUCUUAUUCUCCACUAAGUACUUGUGAGGAAAGUGAAGAGGAAGCUGAGGAGGAGAAGAAAGUAAAAGUGUCACAAAAGAAAUUAGUUGAAGUCCAGAGCUCUGAAAAUGAAGAAUCUAACAAUGUAUUGUUUAAAGAAAUUGAUGGGCUUCUCUUAGAGCAGAUGAAUCAGUAUGAGUGUAUUAAAAUGGUAAAUUUCACAACAGGAAAAGAACACUGUGAGAAAGCAAAUACAUCAAGCUAUCUAGAUCAUAGUGUAAAAACUGUUUCUUGGGGUCACAUGAAUGGUGUGUUCUCUAAUUCAGCAUGUGUAGAUAAUCAGCAUCAGCAAGAGGUGCUAACCACAGAAUCUUCUUUUCCUCAUAAUUAUAAUAUAAUUAGGGAGGAGGUUGAACAGUCAGAAUUGAUUUCCUCUGUUGCUAAUGCAGGUAAUAAAGAGUCUAAAGACCAUUUUACUUGUGCUUUGGAUUCUGCCUAUGUGACUCUUACUGACAAGCCAUUGCUGCAAGUCAGAGAAGGUGCUAGUUCUCUCCUGUCACAGGAAAGUAAUAUUUUGAAGGACCCAAGUAACCUGUUAACUAUUACAGAUAAAAUGACUGCUAACACAAUUGAAAAAGCAGUAUGCCAGGGCAAUCUCCAGUCAGUAAUGGAGAAAGAAGGAAAUCUUCCUAAUACAGCUGCUGUAUGUUGUCCUAGCCCAAUCUCUAAAACAGUGCAGUUUGUUUCUUUAGCAAGUAUGAAUACCAAAUCCAGUUCUGCCAAAGAACUCAAACAAAUGGACAUUGGUGUUUUCUUUGGGUUAAAACCCAAAGUAAAAGAGAAAAGCAAAGAAGAGAUGUGUUCAAGUGAAAGAACACAGAUAUCGAGUCCAGUUACUCCCGACAGAAAGAGGCCCAGACAGUGCAAAAGGAAAGCUGAAGGAUCUGUGGAGGAUCUAGAAACAGUUACAGAACGUUCAAAUGAAAACGGAGUCUUUGCAAAUACAUGUUCUGGUGGCCAACGAAGGUGGAGAAAGAAAUUUAGAGAAUCAUCUGCUACAGAGGAAAGAACAAGGAAAAAACAGUGCCCAUUCUACAAGAAAAUACCAGGAACUGGUUUUACAGUUGAUGCCUUCCAGUAUGGAGAAAUUGAAGGCUGUACAGCCUAUUUCCUCACUCAUUUUCAUUCUGAUCACUAUUGUGGGCUAACAAAAAACUUCGUAUUUCCAAUCUACUGUAAUAAGAUAACUGGCAAUCUGGUGAAGAGCAAACUCCGAGUCAAAGAGCAGUACAUCCACGUAUUGCCAAUGGACACAGAAUGUAUAGUAAAUGGAAUCAAAGUGUUGUUGCUUGAUGCCAAUCAUUGUCCGGGUGCAACAAUGAUCCUUUUCUAUCUGCCUACUGGAAAUGUUAUUCUACACACAGGAGACUUUAGGGCAGAUCCUUCUAUGGAGCGCUAUCCUCCUCUGAUUGGUCGAAAAGUCCAUACCCUUUACCUUGAUACCACAUACUGUAGUCCUGAAUAUACUUUCCCUUCUCAGCAAGAGGUUAUCCAGUUUGCUGUGAAUACUGCUUUUGAAACAGUAACUUUAAACCCACGUACUCUAGUUGUCUGUGGCACCUAUUCUAUUGGAAAAGAAAAAAUUUUUUUAGCAAUUGCUGAAGUUUUGGGCUCAAAAGCAAGUAUGUCCCGUGAUAAGUACAAAACACUGCAGUGCUUGGAAUCAGCAGCUGUUAAUUCCCUCAUCAGUAUGGACUGGGAUAAUAGUUUGCUUCAUGUUCUUCCUAUGAUGCAAAUUAAUUUUAAGGGCUUGCAAGAUCACUUGAAUAAAUUUUCUGAGCAUUUUGAUCAAGUUCUGGCUUUCAGACCUACUGGGUGGACCUACUCAGAUUCAUGCCUUUCAUUGGUGGAUAUCAAACCUCAGACGAGAGGAAGGAUCACCAUAUAUGGGAUUCCUUACAGUGAACACAGCAGUUACCUAGAAAUGAAGCGUUUUGUUCAAUGGUUGAAGCCACAGAAGAUCAUCCCCACUGUAAACAUUGGUGACUGGAGAGCCAGAAGCUUGAUGGAGAAGCAGUUUAGAGACUGGAUGGUUGAGGGCGAUGGGCAUAAAUAAAAAUAAGGAAUACUGCAUACUUCAAAGGAGAUAGGGAAUUGAUGUUCCUAUCUUUAACUCCUCAUUUUUCUGUGAAGCUCUCUUUGAGUAGGACUAAGCUGCUGUUCUCAUGAAAAAGCAGUAUUUAGAAAAAGUGGACAUCUCACACUUCUAAUGUACUUAUUAGAAGCUAAAUUAAUAACUUCCCUGCAAAUGCAUAUUUCAAGUGAUUUUAUCUUACUCCUUUUUCUUCCAUGUUCUUUAUUUUCCCAAGAUCAUCGAGAUGCUCAGAUGUAAAAUGCUGGGGGAUAGAACACUUCCAGGUUAAAGAUUUCUGAAGGAAAGUUAUGGUAAUAAAUAAAACAGUGAUACUAAGCUUACGUGGCAUGAUGUCAAUACAGGCUUCAGACAAUCUCAUUUCAUUAGGCAGAACAGGCUAUUGUGUCAAUGAUAAUUUAAAGCUUGUAAAGAAAAUUUAGCUUAAGAUAGGAUUGGCGUGGACUUGCAGCAACUUGAACAAUAAUUAAAAAAAAAGAUGUUGCUACUUACAUUCUACUCAAGAUUUUAUACGCUUUUUUUUUAAUAAAGAAUCUACUUGA